CUGAGACUCUUCUCCUGAAGAAGAUUUUAUGUGAUCACUGUAUAAAUUGGUAGAGUUCACAGAUAAGCAUUAUGAGACUUUUCUUGAUGGAAGCUGGAGAGGACAAACAGCAUUUACUUCAUUCUCAAUAGGAAAAGCCUGCAACAGUAGGUUUGAUUUUGAAGAUAAUUCCUCUGUGAAAUCCAUUUAAUGCAAAUUAUAAGACAGAAUAUAUAUAAGAGAGAAAUCGGUCCUUCAGGUAAUUAUACUGCCUUCUUCAGGAGGAAAAGCGAUCUGUCUCACAGAGAACUCUAAGCAAGCCUGAUACUAUAAUAUUUAUGUCUGUGGUAAGUCUAUAUUUAGAACUGUCAUGAGUUACGAGGCUGAGAACAAGAGUCAAGUGAUGUCUAUCAAAAAAUUUAUUGAUACAUACAAUAUCUUCUUUGUCUUAUACCUUUGCCUUUUACUUAUGAAAAAUUAAAUUUCUCUAACUUGUGGAAGUGAAUUUAAAAGCAUAACUUAAAGUCUCAGUCCUGCCAGCAACUCUGUAUGAGAAGCCCUAACUAAUGAAAAGCCCCUGCUGGAUCUCUAAGGUGUGUACAUGGUGGGUUUUGUUUGGGGGAACAAGAGUCUGGAGAGAACAAGCUCCUUUAAGCUCUCAAGUCAAAGGAAGAGAUAGUAAACAUCCCUUUUAUGCCUGUGCUUUUCAGAAUCCAGUAAAGAGUUCAGUGGCAAGUACAAUGCCUUUAAAGUUCCACCAUCAGGUUCACUAUAAGACUCCAAGUUUAAUGAUGAGCUCAGGAUGCAGAAAGGAAAAUUUCAUACAGUAUCUUUUAUGAGACCAGCUGACAUAGUUGGAAGUAGACCAGCUUUGAAGCACACCAGCCCUCCCAAAGUCUAUUAUACAAGCAGAACCUUUUCCACAUUGUACAGUCUUACAGCUAUUUUGGGUGGUAAUUUACUUGUGUUAAUCAGUUACACAGUUUAUCCAAUUAUGCGACACUCAUAAAACCAAAUUGUAGGCAGACACAGUACAUUCACAUUGGAUAGGGAUUUACAGUGCAAGAUGAAGUGUUUGUGGAAAGGACUUUGGAGUCUUUAAAAACUUCCAUUUAAUAUAGCACCAAGACUGGGGCAUACUCAGAACCCAAUGUCUCCAUCACAUUUGGCAGUGGUGCCCGAUUAUUCAGUACAGCCUCCUGAAUCACCAAAACCACUUCCUGCAGCGGACUUUCUGCAAAUCUCUUAUCCAAGUACUGACCCAGCCCAGCCCUGCUUAGCUGUAUGAAAUCAUAGCCUAAGGCAGUGUGACUCCAAGCACAAACAGCAUACAUCUGCCAUUUCAGCUCAGUUAGUUGUCUUCUUCAGAAAAGAGCCUUCCUUUCAAGGCAGUCAUAAGAUGCAGUCUCAUAGGAAGGGUUAUUCUCCUCUAGUAAAAUCAUCUGAGUAUAUUUGAAUAUCAGUUUGUCUUUCCUAUUCUGGUCAAUGGUGAAAACAAUGCCUAUGCUACACAACGUUGUUUGAAUUUGGUGGUAACUUCCUGUUCUGAUCACUGGUUGUCUAGUAACUACUAUUAAAAUGGGUAAGCAAGCAAAGAUGAUCUAAAAAUUAAAAAUAUCACUGUGGGAUCAAUUUAGGAACAAACACAGCUUUCUACAGGUAAUCAGAGCCUUUGACAACAUUCAAUACAGCAAACCUUUUCAAGUCUGAGUGUUUAAAUUUAGGUGCCUAAAUAAAAAAUAAGCACACAUUUAGAAAACAUUGUAUAUAAAACCAUUAUUACAUUUCCAGAAGUCUUAAGACUUUUACAGGUCUUACUGAUUUUACUCAACAUCUCUGACAAUCACAGCAGGAGAUCUGAAAAUUAUAGCCUAUAAUUGUAUCUGGAAAAAAAAAAGUACUAAGUUUACACAGAUGCAGGCUUCUGUCAGGGCAUAUCCUGAUCUCUGCCUACAGCCUGAAUAACUAUGCAAUAUGCAGGACUGCUGUGCAAGUAUUCUUGCCCCACAGCCAUGAACAAGAAGCAGUGCAGCUGCUGUUGCAGCCCAUGUGCUAUUGUAACAGGGCAGCUGUUGUAGUUCCUCACAGUUAUGGAAGCAUGUCCCAUACACGCCAUGUUCUCUAAACUGUUUCACCUUGAAACAGGCUAUGCAGUAAUUCAGGGUCAGCUUGCACAGACCUAGGGCUCUACCAAAGUCACAAGGUGGAUAUUCCACAUGCAAGCUCCCAAUGUGCCGUCUCCCAUGUGGUAACAAAAAUAUGUUCGAACCUAUGCAUAGAGUAAAUACAUUUUGUACCAGAAAUAAAUCUGAAUUAGUGCACAAUUUCGGGGGUUUUUAGCUGGUCACACUAAAAAUUUGGUGUUAUUUCAUUAUAAUAAGUUGGUACUGUUAGUAUUGUUUAAAAAAAAGACAUUUUCUUCCCUGUUUCUCUUUGCACUUAUGCUGACAGACCUCUAGCCCAGUUCAUCUGCAUAUAAAAUGAAACAAAAUUUAUAACAAUAAGAUCUUGCUCCACUUAACAAGGAUGUAUCACUCCCCUACCCCUCGGUAAAUUAUUUUGCUGGAGGCUACAUCAUUCUCUCUGAGUAGUAUGUUGGGAGUUGACAGAGGCGUGAAUAAUUCGCGGCGUAGAAGCCUCCCCAGCCGAGCUGAGCUGCAGCAUGUUGGGCCAGCCUUUGAUGCAGACUGGUUGGGCAGGUUCCUGGGCGCCCGAGGAACCGGUCUGACAGGCCUGUUAUGCCAACAAAUUCUGGUAUGAUUCCAUGCUCUCCAGAAUGCAGAAACCUGCCCAGCCAGUUAAAUGAAAGGCAUAUUAGGUUAUCCAUUGCACAUUGUAUAUAUCUUAGGUGCAGCAGAUCUCCUCUCGGCAUUCUCUAGUGUGGUCCACAGUGGCUUCCUCAUCUCACUUACACUUGAGGUUUAUAGCUGGAGGGGAAGUCAAUAGUAAAUAUUUAUCACCCCGACCAAGAACAGAACUUUUCACAAUUCAAACAGAAGGGGGGCUGGAAGAGCAGGGACUAUUGUUUGGGGAUUUAUUUUUCCCAAAUGACGUACACGUCUCUUCAGAAACAGUUUCAUAACUAUGUAAUUUAAAAUAUAAAGUUUGAGAGUGAGCCACUUCUGCGAGUCAAAGAAGCUGGGAGCAGCAAAAAGCAAGAUGAAUGCAUCUGGACGAAGCUGUGGGAGCCCUAGUUCUGCAGAACCUACAGGAGAUUUCUUCAAGGAACUGUGGUCCAAACUGAAAGAAUGUCAUGAUAAAGAAGUACAAGGCUUACAGCUGAAAAUAUCUAAGUUGAAAAAGGAAAGAUGCUUGGAUGCAGAGAGGCUUGAAGAGUUCUAUACCAAGAACCAACAGCUCAGAGAACAGCAAAAAGCACUUCAUGACACUAUCAAGGUUUUAGAAGACAGGUUAAGAGCGGGGUUAUGUGAUCGUUGUGCUGUAACCGAAGAACAUAUGAGAAAGAAGCAGCAAGAGUUUGAAAAUAUCCGGCAGCAGAACCUCAAACUUAUUACUGAACUUAUGAAUGAAAAAAACAACUUACAGGAUGAGAAUAAAAAGUUAACUGAACAGUUCCAUCAAUUACAGAAGGAGAUAGAGGAGCAAAAGCAGCAAGCAGUGGAGGUAGAAAAAGGAAUCAUUCCAGAUUCUCCAGUUCUAACUUCUUCAUUUUCUAUGGUUAAUCGUAUGAGAAGAAAAAAAGAGAAUAAGCACGUCCGAUACACAGAACAUACACCCCCAGAUUUGGAACUUAGGGAAAACAACAGUGAGUUUGGAAAAUUUCCACUCUUUUCCACACAAAUGAACACUCACCAUGGAGGAGAGAUACUAGUGGCAGACACCUGUGAUCCACAAUUGUCCCCUGUUCCAAAUAAACCAAGGGUGGGAGGAUACCCUGUUCCAAAGCCAACUUUUAACUUGGCUGCAGUCGUCGCAGAAACAAUUGGACUUAGUGUGGAAGAGGAAUCUGAGUCCCAGAGUGUACUGAAUCUUCCCCUCACUAAUACAGUUAUGAGCCAGGCCUCAGAGGGCAUGCAGUCUGAAGACUCAAGAAAACAUCCAGCUUCAGAAUCAAGAAAUGAUGACAACAAUUUAGGUAUUUCAGAUCCAUCUCAUAACACUCCACCAUGUGAUGACUGGGAUUCUCGGGUAGCGUCUCCUGUUUUUGGAGCUUCUAGCAGUAUGAAGAACAACUCAAGUACAGGUCAUGCUCCUUGUAUUUUAGAUUCAGGAUUGAAGCCUCAUCUCAAAACCAACCUCUUCAACAAUCCAUCCAGUUCCAGGUGUCAUAAAAGUAGAUCAAAAUCUGAAGAUGUUGCUUUUGUUGCACCGCUGAAUCUUGGGACAGAAAUCAACUCAGUUAUCAGCCAGGCCUCUGUCCAUAGGCAAAUGGUUGUGAAAAAGAAUGCUAAUGAGGCUGUAGCCUGUGUUGGAAACACCUGCACAGCUAAAAAUGAGGUGGUCAAGAGCGAUGUCCUUCUCGCAUACCAGAAGCAGCUAGAAGGCAGGUGUGCUAAGAGAAAGAAAGCUGAAGAUGAUCGUGCAGUUAGCUGUGAGAAAACAUCAUUCAACAAAGAGAACUCUGUGCCAUUCCGAUCCGAUGCUCAGCAGAUUAAUGGGGAACAUACAGCUGAUAAGCCCUUGGAUCUGUCUGAUCGCUUCUCUGGAGUUCGUGGUCAAGAGAAAAAACAUGGAAGUGAGGAGACAUGUAAAAAUAGACUGAAGCAAGUGACUUUGCAGGACAUUUUUUCACACAUAGGGAAGACCAUUCCUGAAGGUUCAUCAUCCGUUCAAAAUGCCAACAACGAGAGCUGUUUUUUUGGCAGAGAUUUACAAGAGGAAUCCUAUGUACAAGAGGCAAUGCUGGGAAAAACAUUCUCUGAUAAGAAAAACCAGAUCCAAAUGAAAGAAGAAGUUCCUCCCUUCAAAUUUGCACCACUGCCAAGUUCUGCAGAGACAGAGGAACUUUUUGAUGAUGUAAAGGUUGCCAGUGGCCAUGUACCAAAUAGAAAGAAAACAAGGACAGGACAUGGAGAGUCUGAACCAGCAUCUGUACUUCAGCCAAACCCUUGUAGACUAUCAAAAAGUAAAGCACAGCAAAAUGAGCAAGACCUGAAAGAUAAACCCUCUUUAGAAAACUUCCAGUGGAGCAUAGACCCAGGAGCUGACCUUUCACAGUACAAAAUGGACAUUACUGUGAUUGAUACAAAGGGUGGUUCUCAGACCAGAGUUGGAGGGGAAGUUGUUGAUAUGGAUUAUACAUAUGUUAGUGACAGUGUGCUAUUAAAAAUGAAAAAUCAAGAGCAAAAUCAGGAAAGCAGUCCAAGAGGAGAAAUAACAGAUAUGUUUGAUCAGACGAGCCAUGAAGAAUAUGAAUCCUGCCUACCAGAGGAUAGUCCUUCUGCAUGUGAUGAAAAAGAAACUCUUCAUGAUGAAGAGCAGGAUAAGGGAAUAACAGCAGCAAGCAAGAAACUAAAGAAACAUGAGGAUAAACAAGAUAAAGCCAAGCAGAAAGCUUUUGUGGAGCCUUAUUUCAAAAGUGAUGAGAGAAAGAAUACUGUGUUAGAUUUUCCUCAUAUUGAGGUUGUUCGAAAAAAAGAAGAAAGAAGAAAAUUACUUGGCCACACUUGUAAGGAAUGUGAAAUAUAUUAUGCAGACAUUCCAGAAGAAGAGAGAGAGAAGAAACUAGCUUCCUGUUCAAGACACAGAUUUCGCUACAUUCCUCCAAAUACUCCUGAAAAUUUCUGGGAGGUUGGAUUUCCUUCCACCCAAACCUGUGUGGAAAGAGGCUACAUUAAAGAGGAUCUUGCUCCCUGUCAACGUCCAAAAAGGCGGCAGCCUUACACUGUGAUGUUUUCUCCAAAAGGCAAAGAGCAGAAGACAUAAAGGAUGGGAAGUAAGGAGUGCCAGCCUGAAGUGUAUCUUUCCUGUCCGUAGAUAUUUAUAGUUAAUAUAAACUUGAAAUAAAGAACUGUGUUUUCCACAAUGAUAGAUAAAUCGUUUAAUUGAAUAUGUAAAUUUUAUAAAAUUCAUUUGGGAGUCUGAUGUACCAGGAAACAAAACUAUUUAAUGUAUGUUUGUUUCAUAUUGUGUUAAUACAUUUUGUAUUAAUUUUUGCACCUGUCAGACAAGUCUCCUACUUUUUUUUUUCUUUAAGGCCAGCAGCUGAAAUUCCAGCAAUUCCUAUCUAAACUUUGUGUCAGUGGGUAACUGCUUUGAAGUGACUAAAAUCUGUUGUUCUUGCAGGGGUAAAUGUCUGUCAAUGGGAAAAGAAAUUACAAUUUUCUAGGGUGCUUUUAUUUUGCACUGGAUUUUCUUGUAUUUCUUUUCUCUUGUUGCAAUAAUGGUUAUAUCUACUUGGAAUAAAGCUGUAUCUACUGUUAAUAGUUUGGAGGUGUGAAAACCA